ACAACAAAUGCGAGCAGUCGGAUCGGCAACUUGUGUUGAAUAUAAUGUUGCACGCGGCAGACAUCUCGUACCCGACGCGAGACAUUGAGUGUUAUCUCCUAUGGGCACCUCGUGUGAUGGAAGAACUGUACAGACAGGGGGACUUGGAGAGAUCUAGGAGCAUGCCGUUGUCACCUAUGCAUGAUCGAGAAAGCGUAAAGUUGUCGAAGUGCCAAGUUGGGUUCAUUGACGUAUUAGUUCUCCCAUUAUUCCAGGUUAGUGUAACUGCUCU